AUGGCUGCAGUCUCAGCAGCUCCAAACAACAGCGUUACAUAUUACUACAUCAAAAUAAAACAAGGAACCUACAAUGAAUACGUCCAAAUCGAAAGCUGGAAAACGAAUAUCGUUUUCAUCGGAGAAGGAAUGGACAAAACCAUAAUAUCCGGAGAUAAAAGUUAUGGUGCAGGCAUCGGGACAAUGUAUACUGCAACUGUGGGGGUGAAUGGCCAGGGCUUCGUAGCCCAAGGAAUCACUUUUAGGAACAUAGCUGGACCUAAAAUGCUACAGGCAGUAGCAUUAAGAGCGGAAGCUGAUUUUCUUACCUUCUACCAAUGUCGUUUUGAGGGUUAUCAAGAUACUUUAUAUGCAAAGUACGGUAGACAAUUUUAUAGGGAUUGUGAUAUCUUGGGCACCAUAGACUUUAUCUGCGGUGAUGCAACUGUAGUAUUCCAAAAUUGUUUGAUUGAAGUACGUCAGCCUUUGCUUGGCCAAUAUAUUACCGUUACAGCACAACAAAGAGAUUUUGAGACUACGCUAACGGGGCUAGUUUUGCAAAACUGCACCUUAAAAGCAACCCCGGACUUGGAGAAAGCAGGUAAUAUCACUAUGUAUUUAGGUCGCCCAUGGGGUAACUUCUCAAGAACUGUGAUUCUACAAAGUUAUAUUGACCUAUUGAUAAAUCCACUAGGAUGGAUAGACUUUGAGGGAAUGCCCCUAGUCCGCCCAUUUUAUAUGGAAUAUAAAAACAGCGGACCAGGUGCAGAUACAACAGGACGUGUGAAGUGGGCAGUUGCCACGGAUGAUUCAAAAGUCGCAUCAAGUUUCACUGUUAGGAAUUUCAUAGGCGGUGACAAAUGGAUACCUCCCACAAUUCCACAUUAUUUGGAUCUCCUGUGA